AUGAGUGGGAUCCAGAAAUACACGAGCGCUGCGCAAGAUCAAUUUGACACAAACACGCCGCCACGGCGACUGCACCACAAUUCAUUCUUUGAUGAUGGUUACGAAGAAGUGGAGGUUGUGUCUGACACCCUGGAUGCACCGACGGCUGGUUCUGCCCCGGUAAAGCGUAAUGAGGCUAUGAACCUUUGUUCAAUGGUUCCUGAGGGUGAUACGGAAAGUGACCGGAGUAGUAGCUUUGAAAGCAGCAGUGAUGGAGAUGCCUGUGCAUACCAUGCUACUGCUGCUACCGGUAAAACUGCGGCUAGUAGUGGUGAUGGGGGUGGGCACGGGUUACCGCAGCAGAAUAGUGGCACUGAUACCACAACAUCAUACCUGGGAAGCAGCAGCUCAUGGAGGACUGAGUUAACCGCAAGCGAUGAGGAGAGAAUGUUUUGCUUCACUGAGGUCAUGGAAGAUAGUGACGAUAUUACAGAGAGAAAGAAAAGGGAGGAUUAUCACAUGUGCAGCCCAGCGAUCGAUAAGUCAGAUAGUUUUAUGCCACCCAAUGGCAGACCUCGUUGGUGGAGCUUUGACUGUUUGUUCUGUAUUUUACACUUUUGUGAUUGUUACACGGUGUGUAGAGUGAUGUUGGUGUGUAGUGAAUUCUAUAAACUUGCGACACACGAUAAGGUGUGGAAAAAUAUUCUUCACAGCAUGAAUUUGCGGCCGCUUCUUGAUUUGCCCAAUACACCCACGCAGGGUUACUAUCGAUACUUUAUUGAUGAUAUCAUCACCACAAGGGCCCUUCACGGACAAUACUCAUUUAAAGCAGUCUCUGCGGACGAACAGUUGACUGAUAUAGAACGAGGUCGAUGUGACAGUGCCGUGAGAGGAGAUAUGCCGCAGUAUUUGCCUAGUUUUGCGGAGGAUUUUAACUACCACAUUAAGGCAGCGACGCUGUUUUUUUCCUCUGCCUCGCUUGGUCAAAUGAACCACCCAAUUGGUCGAGUGCAGCUGCUUAUAGAGUACAGUGACACAAGCAGGGAGUUGAUUGAGGGCGUGGCGCGCUUCUCAUGGUACCGUCGACGUUUUGUGUUCUGCUGCGGUUCCUCUGAGUUAGGAGUCCGUGGCCAUGUGUUUACAGUGGCCAUCAGCAGCGUCGAGAAGCCGUGGCGCAAUCAGUCAAUGGAGCAGUUUGAAGCACACAAAGGCGGCCUUCGCUUCAUCAUGGCGCCUGUGCUCUUAGAGGGUGAGAUCCCAGGGUCCAGAAUCACGGAGAUGGACAUUGUUAGCGUUAGCUGCCCAUCUAUACGAAGGCUGGGGGUAGCACGGACGUAG